ACUAAAUUACUUAUUUUAAAUAAUUUUCACAUGAAUCAUAUUUAUUAAGAGUGGACAUAGUGUUCAAUAACCUAUUGAUACAUGCGCUUACGCAUACAUUGCAUAUACACAUAUCUAUGUUGCAUAUAGCAAUAUAAAAGAACGUAAAUCGCACAUACAUAUCGCAUACUGGUUUACGCAUUGCGUUUGUGCACCAGUUGUCUAUCGUUAAAUGCAGCAGUUUCGCCAAGACAGGAGAAGACUAAAGUUAUAUAAGAUAACGGACAGUGAACGAACAUGCUUGAUAAAGGAAGUGCUGUGCAUUAAUUUUAGAUAACGUUCAACUGCUGCAGUAAACUAUUGCUAACUUGUCAGUCACUUCUGAAUGUUGUAUUAAAUCUCUUCGUAUUCUAAUUAACGACAACGUUAUCUGUUAUAUUGUUUGCAAACAAUAAACAAAGAACUUUCAAUAUUUUCUGUUGACAAAUUGAUAGUGCGCUAUAAUUUUAAGUUUUUUUCAAUGGAAAUUGUUCGAUAGUGACUAACAUCAGUUGUGACAGAAAUCGUUAUGUUUCGUAUAUUUUAAAUAUUAUCAAGUAUUUACGUGCAAAAUAUCGGGCAUUCUCGUAAUUAUACAUUUUUAAAAAUAUUUCGCAAUAAUAACGUGGCUAGCAGGAUGUCUGAUAGCAGGACUGAAGUUGAUCCUUUUAGCGAGACACCAAUGGAAUUCCAAAGUUGUGAAGGAGUUACACAAGUUACUACAGAACCGCAUACAGAAAAUGAAACAUUAAAUAUAACAAAUGAACCAAUGUAUGCAGAACCUUUGACUCCAGAGCAAGUCCGAUGGUUUUAUAGAGAUGGUGUAGAUAAAAGAUGGGUAGAGUUUUGUGGAUAUGAUAGCUUAAGAAUUGAAAAUGCUUGGCGUGUUUAUCAAAAUUUACUUAACAAAAGUGAUAAUACAAUUCAUAAUACACCUCCAGUUGAAAAAAUUGUAGUUAAAGGAGGAAUGUAUGAUGUGGAACUUGAUAAAAUGAAAUGUGUUUCUAUUUAUUGUCCAGGUGAAGAGUGGGAAAUUAUGAGAGGUACUUGGUAUUAUGAUGGGAGUUGGAUACCUUUAGAAGUAGAACAAUCAAAAGUUAUAGAAGAAGUUCAUCUUAAUCUCUUCCAGAAACAACCUCCAGGUCAAUUCAAUUCUGGAUGUGAAACUUCUUCUCACUCUUACAAAAUAUUACAUACAGAACAUUUUCCUGAGUUUCAUGUUGAUUGGCAUAGCAUAAAUGAUGUGAUAUUGUACAGUGAAUAUAGACAUAGUAAAUUAAUGCGUAGUGUUACAUCAAAACUUGGUUUUGCAAAAACAACUGGUUACCAAUUAAGAAGAGGCUACAAAGUUGCUGCUGCAAUGGAAGAUAAACCUCAUGAUAUUGACCAUAUAGUAUUUGUAGUUCAUGGAAUUGGUCAAAAAAGAGAUACUGGGAAAAUUAUACGUAAUACAACAUCGUUUAGAGAUUGUGUUGAUUGGUUAAAACAAAAAUAUUUUCCAAAUUCUAAUUAUAGAGUAGAAUUUUUCCCUGUCGAAUGGCGGUCUUCAUUAAAACUUGAUGGUGAUAUAGUAGAAGCUAUUACACCAUACAGUGUAUUAAGUAUACGACAUUUAUUAAAUACAUCAGCAAUGGACAUUCUUUAUUAUACAAGUCCUCUUUAUGGUGGAGAAGUAAGAGCUGGUUUACAGAAGGAGCUAAAUAGGCUGUACUUUAUGUUUGCUAGUCGGCAUCCUGAUUGGAAGGGAAAGGUUUCAAUUUUGGCACAUUCCUUAGGAUGUGUAAUUGUAUAUGACAUUGUCACAGGUUGGAUGGGUCCAGAUACCAGACCUCCGUCUCCAGAAACACAAGAAAUUUUAAUGCAACGAUUACAAUUUCCUAUUGAAAACCUAUUUUGUCUAGGUUCUCCACUGUCCGUAUUUCUUGCGCUACGCACGCGUACUCCGUCUAAUAAAACAGAUGUAAUGCCUCAAGGUUUAUGUAAAAGAUUUUACAACAUAUUUCAUUGGUCUGAUCCUGUAGCAUAUAGAAUGGAACCUCUUUUAGAAAGAGGUUAUAGUAAAAUUGAACCUGUUCUUAUUCCACCAUAUGGAGGAGUUGAGGGCCAACAAACGGACCAGUCCCUACCAACGAUGAGUAAUGCCGAUGAAACUUUUUCUCCUACAGAAAACGACGAAAGAGAAGAAGGUCCAGUAGAUAUAUCUAAUCGUGCUCCAGAUAAAGGUUGGAGUCUUUGGGGUUUAGUGCGAGCUGGUUGGAAUGCCAAAGAAGGUGUUUCUACACCAAUUCAACCAGGACAAGAAUUAGCACAGCGUUUGGAUUAUGUACUUCGAGCAAGUUUGGGACGAAAUUAUUUAUAUACAGUAGCAGCGCAUACAACGUAUUGGAGUAAUUAUGAUGUAGCUUACUUUGUGUUAACAAGGCUUUUUCCAACAUUAGAAACAUGAUGUUGGUUUGUAUAUUUAGUACGAAAAUUUCAUUAGAUUCUAUAAAAGUUUACUAGUCUGAUGUAGGCCUUCAAAAUCGAAUGUUAAAAAACAGGCCUAUCAUCAAAACAAUCUGUGAUAAUGAAAAAAAAUGAUACAAUAAUGUAAUAGAUUGUAUGUAAUCAUUUUAUAUUGCUCGCAUAAUUUAAGACUAUAAUAUGGUCGAGUUUCACAAUUUAAAACAUUACAUAUUGUUAUAUAUUUUAUGAAACAACUA